CUCCACUCUUCUGAUGGCACGGGCACCACGCUCGUUAGCAAUGUUCUCACCGGCAUUGAUAACUACAAUCCGUGGGCACGGGCGAUGACAAUGGCCCUUAAAGGGCGCAACAAAUUUUGUUUUGUUGACGGAUCCCUUCCCAUGCCAGAUGCUGUCCAUCCCAAUCACGCUCGUUGGCAUCGGGUGAACAACAUGGUGAUGUCAUGGAUCCUCAAUUCAAUACACUCAUCACUGGCUAACACUGUCCUAUAUGCCACCGACGCUGCCUCCUCUUGGAUAGAUUUACAAGAACGAUUUUCUACCGCGAAUGGACCUCGCAUCUAUGAACUUGAAAAGCGUAUAGCAACCUUUUCCCAGCGUGAUGCAUCCAUAGCAGAUUAUCAUAAUCAUUUGAGUGCGCUUUGGGACGAAUUAAACCUGUUGGAUCCUCCACCUAAAUGUUCAUGCUCUGCUCGCAAGGAAUACAUUGCACAAACGGAGCGUCGCCGACUGAUGCAAUUUCUCAUGGGCCUUCGAGACACUUUCGCUCAACCACGGAGCCAACUGUUGCUUAAUGGUAAGCUUCUUACAGUUAAAAAUGCUUACUCAUUAUUGCUUCAAGAUGAAUCACAACGUGUACAGAGCGAAAGUUACGGACAUCCAGUGGAUCAUUCAGCUCUUCAAGCAGCCUGGAUUGAUAUUGAUACACCAGCCCCGUUGCAAUCUCAUAUAUCCUCCAUGCCUCAAUUUACUGCCGCUGCCAACCAAUCUUCUACAAACAGGAUGCAUGCAUCAUCCUCCCCAUCUCGUCCGGGUAACAAUCGAGCACGACCACAGUGUGCUCAUUGUGGGACACUUGGUCAUACGCAACAAGUUUGCUACAAACUUCACGGGUAUCCUCCCGGGCACAAAUUCUACAAAAAAGAAAAUACUAAUAGUCAACCUAUGACGGCCCAGUCAACCUCACCUAUUCCUUCCGAAUCACUUCAACAAUUAAUCCGAUUGCUACAAGAGGUAAAGGAGCCUAAAGCAAACCUCGUUGGACCUUUCAACGAAGAUGGAGAUUGGUCGGGGCCAUGAACGCAAUGACUUAUAUUUCUUUAGUGAUGCACCGCAAUCCACUGCAUUAACCACCAUCACUCCUAAUACAUGGCAUUCUCGUUUUGGUCACCCAUCUCAUUCAGUUUUUAAACAUUUAAUUUCUACACUAGGUUGUUCUGAUUUUAAAGAUCCUUGUGAUAUUUGUCAUAUGUCCAAACAAACACACUUAUCU